AUGAAGCGGAAGGAGUCCGUUUCCGAAGAGUCGGCAGCUCCACUGACACCGCGCGCGCCGUCCACGCCGGGCGAGGGCCCGCCGGCGCCGCUGACGCCGCACACGCCGCUCACGCCGCUCACUCCGCACCCGCCGCCUAUGCAAGAGGAACCUAACAGAUUGCGCACGUUGCUCAGCAAAAAGAGCACGUCGCAGGGUGACAGCUUGCCCAACACGAACAAUCGUAUUCUGAAGGAUCUGCUGAAGCAGGAGGACGAGGAGGCUACCGGUAGCGAGACGUCUGCGCCCCACACCCCACACACGCCGCACACGCCGCUGACGCCGCACACGCCGCACACUCCGGCGUCUGCGCUGUCGCCCCUGCACACUGCACAAGCUCACUCCCGGCCUCCACCGCAUCAUGCCCAGCAUCAGCCCCCGACUUCACAUGCCGCUCAACAGGCUCCGCAUCAUAAUAAUCAGUUAUUAAGGAUACUGAAUGACAAAUCUGAUGAAGACGGAGAAGAAAGGAGAAAUCCCUCAGACCCUCGGAAUACGUCGCAGCCUAGCGCGUUAUUGACCCAACUUCUGUCUGGCAGUAACGGCCCGUCUGGCAACGGCCGAACUCAAGAUAGCAAUGAUUUGUACCUGGAAAGACUAGCUGGGAUCAAGCGAAAGUUUGAAGAGUCUAAGGCUGCCGCAACAAAUCCAAAACGGGCUACACCUGAAAAUCAGCAGGUAACUUCGAGCGCGGUGCCGUGCUCUUCGACGGCGUCGUCGAGCGCGUCCAGCCCGGCGACGAGCAGCUCGGGCAAGAGCUCGCUCUGCCAGAAGAACCAGAUCCUGGUGUCGCUGCUGGCGCGGCAGCAGACGACGCCGCCGACGCCGCUGCCGCUGCCCAACCCCAUCCUGCGCGCGUACCCGCCCACGCGCCCGCGCGCCCCGCCGCAGCACCACCCCGCGCACGCGCCGCGCCACCCGCACACGCUCUCUAAUAUAUUGACCACCAACAACCGCGGUGGCAACGUGAACGGCGGCAUCGGCACCGGCGAGGCGGUGGGGAACGCGGGCGGCGGCGGGGGCGGGGGCGCGGGCGCGGGCGCGCAGAGCCACCUGCAGCUGGUGCUGCAGGGCGCGCGCGGCGCCUACCCGCCCCCCGCGCCGCCGCACCCGCACCCCGCCGGCCCGCUGCACUACGCCGCGCCCGCGCCGCACCACGUGUACGCGCAGCCGCCAGGGGGCAAUACACGUUUGCAAAGCGGUAAUAACGGUGAUAGCGAAGCGCACAGUGAUAAAACUCUUUCUGAGAUCUUAGACGAACUCAUAGAAACCAACGAGCGCGCUAAUGCGCCUGAACACGGUGGCCUAAUGGACCUUGAUAGUACGCGACCUACUAGAAAUGACUACCAGGGCGUAAAGGAAAAGAACGCGGCAAUAAAUGCCAUCACACAGAGCCUAAUGCAAUGUGAAACGGUGAGCAAGAGUCCUGUCUCUUCAAGUCCCGCUCCGCCUGUGUAUCCUGUACAGAGUCCCGGUACGUGCACGAUGAGCGGCGCGGGUGGGGUGGGCGGGGUGGGCGGCGCGGGCGGCGCGCUGUACGGGCUGCCGCGCGGCGACAGCGCGCAGUCGGCCCGCGCGCGCGCCUUCGUCGAGCAGCACCGCGCGCGCCUGCUGCACAUGCAGGAGUCGCAGCAGAUGCUCGUCUCGCCCGAGGCUGCAGAACAGCCUCAAACGGACCUUGGUUCGACAAUUAACGCUCUCGUGUCUGCGACUCCGCCUAAUGUUACUUUGUUGCCGAGAGCUGAUUAUCAUCACUUAUAUCAUCCGACCAGUCAAAUGGGUCCAAACUAUGGUACAAAUAAAAUUGUAACCUCUCAACAAAACUCCAUGUUGAGUAGGCAACUUCAUAACGCCGGCGGCGGGUACGGGCCGGGCGUGUCGGGCGUGUCGGGCGUGUCGGGCGUGUCGGGGCACGGCGCGGCGGCGCUGCACACGCCGGUCACGCCGCAGGCCUACCACCGCGCUCCCAGGCCGCAUCUCGUGGGCGGCUACUAUGAGGAGAGCGAGUAUUGCGGCGAGUACGUGCGGCGGGCUCCGCACGCGCCGCACCCGCCGCACCCGCCGCAUCCGCCGCACCCGCCGCACCCGCCGCACCCGCCGCACGCGCCGCAUGUCUCGCCGCACGACCACCUCUCAUAUAUGGGGGGUUCGGCGGGCAGCGGCGGCGCGGGCGGCGGGGUGGGCGGCACGUCGGAGUACGUGCGCAACGAGCUGCGCGCGGUCGUGGGCGCGCGCUCGGCCCGCCCCGACAUGCACGCCGUGCACGCGCCCGAGCUGGACUCCCUGCUCACCUUCGACAUGUCCGCGCCAGGUGGCGGCAGUGUGGUGGGGGGCCGAGCGACUUCGGCGUCGACAAACACGUGGGAGUCGCAACAGAGCACACCGAGUAUUACGGAGAAUUCUUAG